ACAGUUCUUGUUAAUCAAUAAUAUGAGUGAAGUUGAAAAAUAAGAUUCAUCGGUGGAAUUCCCUAGUUAAAACAUUUAUACAGUAUAUGAAAACGUUAUAUUUAUAGUUUUUGAAUUAAUUCCAUUUAUCAUAAGUAAUUGGUGCAGAUAGCUUCAAAUAAAAAAGAAUAAGGAAAGAUGGAAUCGCUAAUACCAAUAGUUAAUAAGCUACAAGAUGCAUUCACCCAAAUGGGUGUACAUAUGCAAUUGGAUUUACCCCAAAUAGCAGUAGUUGGAGGACAAUCUGCGGGAAAGUCCUCAGUUUUGGAGAAUUUCGUUGGAAAGGAUUUUCUUCCCAGAGGAUCUGGCAUUGUAACACGACGGCCGCUGAUUCUGCAACUUAUUAAUGGAACUGUGGAAUUUGGAGAAUUCCUUCAUCAAAAGGGAAAAAAGUUUACAAAUUUCGAAGAAAUUAGACAAGAAAUUGAAGCAGAAACCGAUAGGGUAACAGGUAAUAACAAAGGUAUUUCAAACAUUCCAAUAAAUCUCCGAGUGUAUUCUCCACAUGUGCUCAAUCUUACACUAAUCGAUUUACCUGGUUUAACGAAAGUGCCCAUUGGUGAUCAACCAGCUGAUAUCGAAAAUCAGAUAAAAGGGAUGAUUUUUCAGUUUAUACGUAAAGAAACCUGCUUGAUUCUUGCUGUUACACCAGCUAAUACGGAUUUGGCGAACUCAGAUGCACUGAAGUUAGCAAAAGAAGUUGAUCCACAAGGAGUGCGGACAAUUGGUGUUAUAACCAAGCUCGAUUUGAUGGAUGAGGGUACAGAUGCACGUGAUAUUUUGGAAAAUAAACUGUUACCUUUGCGUAGAGGUUAUAUUGGUGUUGUUAACCGUUCCCAGAAGGACAUAGAAGGUCGAAAAGAUAUAACCGCAGCGUUAGGAGCCGAACGAAAAUUUUUCCUAAGUCAUCCUAGUUACAGACACAUUGCAGAUCGUUUAGGAACACCAUUCCUGCAGAAAACAUUGAAUCAGCAACUUACAAAUCAUAUCCGAGAUACUCUUCCAGGUUUAAGAGAUCGCUUACAGAAGCAACUAUUGACAUUAGAAAAAGAUGUUGAACAGUUUAAACAUUUUAGACCAGAUGAUCCCAGUAUUAAAACCAAAGCUAUGUUGCAAAUGAUUCAGCAGUUGCAAUCUGAUUUUGAAAGAACAAUAGAAGGAUCAGGUUCAGCGUUAGUAAAUACAAACGAGUUGUCAGGUGGAGCCAAAAUUAAUCGAAUAUUCCAUGAACGCCUUCGAUUUGAAAUUGUUAAAAUGUCGUGCGAUGAAAAAGAACUACGCAGAGAAAUUUCCUUUGCUAUUCGCAAUAUUCAUGGUAUUCGAGUAGGUCUGUUCACUCCUGAUAUGGCCUUUGAAGCAAUUGUGAAGAAGCAGAUAUCACAAUUGAAAGAACCUAUUCUAAAGUGCAUUGAUUUAACAGUACAAGAAUUAUCCAACGUGGUCAGGAUUUGUACCGAUAAGAUGGCCCGCUAUCCGCGUCUCCGCGAUGAGACUGAACGAAUAAUUACCACUCACAUUAGACAGUGCGAACAACGAGCUAAAGAGCAACUUCUACUCAUGAUUGAUUAUGAACUUGCAUACAUGAACACAAAUCAUGAAGAUUUUAUCGGAUUUGCCAAUGCACAAAAUAAAACAGAAAGUGCAGCGAAAACGGGUACACGAAGCCUUGGAAACCAAGUGAUACGAAAAGGUCACAUGUGUAUUCAAAAUCUUGGAAUAAUGAAAGGUGGUUCCCGACCUUACUGGUUUGUGUUGACUUCCGAGAGUAUUUCGUGGUAUAAAGACGAGGAUGAAAAAGAGAAAAAAUAUAUGCUGCCAUUGGAUGGAUUAAAGCUGAGGGAUAUUGAACAAGGAUUUAUGUCUAGGCGACACACUUUUGCGCUUUUUAAUCCUGAAGGACGAAACGUUUAUAAAGACUAUAAACAAUUAGAGCUGUCAUGUGAAAGCACUGAUGAUGUCGAUUCGUGGAAAGCUUCAUUUUUGCGUGCUGGCGUUUAUCCAGAAAAGGAUACUCCGGCGAAUGGCGAAGAUCAGGCUGAAGGAGCAGAGGAAUCAAGUGAAAUUGGUCAAACUAGUUCAUUAGACCCUCAACUCGAGAGGCAAGUAGAAACAAUCCGUAAUCUAGUUGAUUCGUAUAUGAGAAUCGUAACAAAAACAACAAGAGAUAUGGUACCGAAGGCUAUUAUGAUGUUAAUAAUAAACAACUGCAAGGAUUUCAUUAACGGCGAACUGCUGGCUCAUCUUUAUGCAACUGGGGAUCAGGCUUCAAUGAUGGAAGAAAGUCCUGAGGAAGCGCAAAAACGAGAAGAAAUGCUGAGAAUGUAUCACGCUUGUAAAGAAGCACUUCGAAUCAUAGGUGAUGUUUCAAUGGCUACAUUUACUACUCCUGUACCACCACCAGUUAAAAACGAUUGGUUAUCAAGCGGUUUGGAUAAUCCGCGGUUAUCACCUCCUAGUCCUGGUGGUCCACGAAAAAACCCACCUCUGCAACAGGGAUCGCUGGGAUCCAUUGGUGCUCCUGCCUCCGCCGGACGGGGUCCGCCACCAGCACCAACGAGUGCAAGACCUGCACCAGCUAUUCCAAACAGGCCUGGAGGAGGUAGUGCACCUCCGUUGCCUCAAGGUAGACCUAGUGGACAAGCUCUACCCGCACCUCUUAUUCCAUCGCGCCGCUAAGCAACUGCUGAUUCUAGUAUGGAUUUACUAAUAGAUAUUAUUGUCCGCCCCUGAUACUCUUUAUGUAAUCAAUAUUUGGUACCAAAAUCCUACACAUGCCCAAAAGUAUAAGAUAAUCAAAUAAAAACCUAGAGCACGUCACAUGAGAUAAAAUUAACUUACGCAUUUUAGCCUAAAUGUACAGUAAGAAUAAGUGUAUAACAUAUACAUCAUGUGUAAUAUAGAAUCGUAUUCAUAUAUAAUAUUCCAACUGGAAGAAAUGGCGCCAAUUAGUAGUAUUUAGCAAUGUUAAAAAUCGUAAACGCAACGUCUUUACAGUUUGUUUUACAUUAAGCAGCAAAUCGGUGCAUUUACAACGUUACGUAUCCAAAAUAAUAAAUAUGUUAGCACAAAAAUUUAA